AUGGGUAGAAAUAAAGGAAUCAAGAAGCAGAAGAAAAUAGAUUGCAUGAUUGCUCAUGAAGAGUGCUUAGACUUGCAGAAAUUAUAUGACAGCUUUACAGUUGAUCUCUGCAAUCUCAAAUCAACUCUACUCCUCCAAUGUUGAAGGAGAUGCGCCUUCUACAUGCUAUGGUUCACCUCAGUACCAAAACAAUCCUAUGGAAGCAACCAAGACCACUACUUAUCGUCAGAUUUUGGAAACUCAAACAAACUAUCAAGAGGAGCUCAAAACCCAACACCAGAAAUUCAAAAAGUUUGUCAGAAAUUAAAUCUUUUAAUUUUAUCAGAUGAGAUCAGACUAAGAUCUUUUAUCAGAAAAUUAAUUUAA